GCUCCACCACGAAUCUCCUCUUGAAUUCAUCCGACACCUUCCACAAACACUGAAUUGAGCCCGGUGGUUUGGGGGCAAAGGCGCAAGAUGGACACAUCCCGCACAUGCUGAGACAUCCCUCCGCAGAUUUGUAGUUCAGCUCGCACGCCGACGCACUUCUACCAGACUUUACGGACUCCAUAUCGAUGCUAUUCUGCACUCAUGUCGGGCAGGGGCAACGGUAUGGAGUGGGUUGAGACAACCGAGGAGGUUGUUAUAACAGAGGAGUGUCUACCCCUUGAACACAUCACCCCUGCAGUGAUACCGGUUUUAGAGCCAACAGAAACGCCAAUCCAGAGGCUGCUGGAAACUGUGGGACAUGGAGAUAACCCAGAGGGUGAUGGUGGCUUUUAUUGCGAGGAGUGUCUGACCCUCUUCCAGGACCAGAGUGAUCCCGCUAACAUUAACGGCCCAUCUUUUGUCCUUGACUUUCCAACAAGCAUGGGUGUCCCCGAGAGGGCCCUCCUCACUCUCCCCUAUGGCCUGAUGAUAGGCAGAUCUAGUAUUCCCAGUGCAGGCGUUGGAGUCGUAAAUCACGGACCAGUUGUGUCUCCGGGUAUGCAUUUUGGACCAUAUGAGGGGGAAGUGACAACAAGGGAAAAUGCCAUGGCAAGUGACUUCUCCUGGGAGAUUUACAGAGGAAAAGACGAGUAUGAGUACAUUGAUGCUGCCAGAGAAUCACACUCAAACUGGAUGAGGUACAUCAAUUGUGCUCGUAAUAAAGACGAGACAAAUUUGCUAGCGGUCCAGUACAAAGGCAGCAUCCUCUUUCAUUGCUGUCGCACCAUACACCCCGGAGAUGAGCUCAUGGUGUGGCCCAGCAGCAAACUUCUCACCCAUUUUAGUGAUGCUUGGGCCCAGGUGUGGUUGAUGAAGUUGAAUACAGCAGAGACUAAUUCAGCAGCGACAUCUCAGAUCUUCCUGUGCUCCCACUGUCAGCUGUCCUUCACUACAGAGGCCUUUCUGCAGCGACAUACAGAAUACUUCCACAUACAGCCUAAAGGGGACUGUACAACACCAGCAGCUGAGGCAGUUGAACCUGAAAAUCCAGUUUCCAGUGCUGACUCGGCAUCCCUGGUGCUAUUAUCUGUCGAUCCUGUCGAGUCCAAUACAUGUGGCGAUUGCGGGAAGAUUUUCAAGCAGUUACCUCACCUUAGGAGGCACAAGCUUUGUGUCCACUCAAACAAACGUCCCUACUGCUGCCCACAGUGCAGGCGGAGUUUUAGCCAGGCAUCUGGCUUAAUCAGACACCAGCUAGUUCACAGGAAGCCGGCUGUGAUGAAAGAGGCAAACAUUGUCCCCAAUCAGAACAAAAUUCUUAGUGAGAAGAACGAGAGCUUGGCGCAGAGGUCAGAACCUUUUAACACCACAGAUCCAGUUGUAGCUGAGGAAGCAAAGGAAAUGAAUGUAAGUGAGAAUUUAGAAGAAGCCAUGGAUGUAACUGAGAAUACUUCUCCAGGAGAGGCAGAAGCAUCCCAAUCUAAUUGUUUAGACUGUGCUAAGAGCUUCACAAAUGAAGCGUCCCUCAGAAAGCACAAGGUGACUGUCCACGAAAGGUUACGUCCCUACGUCUGCACCGUGUGUCAGAAGUGCUUUGGCCAGUACAACGACCUGACCAGGCACCUGCAGCGUCACCAAAAACAAAGCAAAAGGGGAGAACUAAACGAGUCUUCAGAGGAAUGUGCCACCAUGCCCUUUAGCUGUGCUGAGUGCUCAGUGGCUUUUUCUUCAGUGGACACACUUCAGCAGCACAUAAGUGAGCACCACUCAGAGGAGACCACAGUGGAAAAUCAAGAGGAUGAUCCACUGCCUGCUGGUAAUGAACAGAGCCACGAUCCAGAUUUCAUUCCACAACCCUCAGUGGCUGAAACAGUUGAGUCAAUCCAAAAACGCCCCUCUCAGAGGCCUCAGCGACUUGGAGCUAGAUCUAAAAUUUCUGCCAUAACCAAGCUCAUAGCUCCAAAACGGAGAGCGGCCACCUGCAAGAAGCCAUUAACCAGCCUCGCUAAGACUGAGAGCUCUGCUGAACCAGAAGCAGCUGCUGCCAGAAAUGGAAAGUUAACAAAAUACAAAUGGUUUAGCUGUAAUCGCUGUAAACGAACAUAUGGAAACCCAGAUGAUCUCAAAGCGCACAAGUGCGCGUUGAGACAGCACAAGUGUGGUCAGUGCGGGGCGACUUUUAAUAAGUCCGGCUUUCUGAAAAGACAUGAGCAGACGGUACACGUGAAUGCAAAAUCUUACAGCUGUGACCGCUGUGGUAAAGUCUUCAGUACAUCCGGUAACCUUAAACAGCACCAGAAGAGCAAGACUUGUAUGAAGUAUCACUGCACGUCUGAGCUGUUCCCAUGUUCGUUUUGUCAGUUCUCCUUCACCAUGAAGAGUUACCUUAUCAAACACAUCAAGAGGCACCACCCUGUGGAGUUUCUGUCACACUGCGAUUCAGACAGCCUGAUGGAUCAGCAGGAGGAAGAGGAAGGGGGUAAAGAAUGUAAAUGUCCUAAUUGCGGGAAGAGCUGUGAAAGCGCAAAAGCUUUCAAAUCUCACGAGUGCUUCCAGCAGGUGAAGGUACUGUACUUGUGCACCGACUGUGGAAAGGGCUUCUCGAACCACUACGGUCUCAAGCAACAUCAGCGCAUUCACACAGGCGAGAAGCCGUACAACUGCCCGCACUGCAGCAAAAGCUUCUCUUACAUGGGCCAGCUCAACGUGCAUCUCAGGACUCACACCGGGGAGAAGCCAUACCUGUGCACACACUGCGGGGAGAGCUUUCGGCAGUCGGGGGACCUGAAGCGACAUGAGAGGAAGCACACAGGGGUGAAGCCCUACAGCUGCCCCGAAUGUUGUAAAAGCUUUAGCCGCCCGCAGAGUCUCAAAGCUCACCAGAUGCUUCACCUGGGACAGAGAAUGUUCAAAUGCACCCAGUGUGGGAAGAGCUUUUCCCGGAACUAUCAUCUCAGGAGACACCAUCAGAAGAUGCACCUGUAGUCACAUUUUUAGGAUGCAGAAGAGUUUAUAUUUCAGUGUUAACUGAAUUGCACUUAACGGUCAAGUUCUUCUCGAUAUUAUUCUGAGAGUUGCAGAGAAUACUUGAAUGUCCUGUAUGUAACAUUGUUUAACUUAAACUUAAGUUUGUUUAAAGCUGAAGCAUUUCAUGCCCAAAAAUUUUGACAUUUAGAAUUAAACAUUGUUGCUAAUUAUUUGAAAGGGGUAAAAAUUAAUAUAAACAUUCAUCCAGCGGAACUACUGCAGGAUCUCACCAGUCACCUAAACAAAUGCCAGUCUGUGUCAACUUGCUUUGAAAUAAAAACAACCAACUUGCCGUCA